ACUCCUCUCCCUGCAUUGUAUAUAUAAUAAUAUGUAUAUAUAUAGUAUGAUAUAAUCUCCAUAAAAGAUCUGAAUUGAAAGCUUCCUUUGGACUACCAACUUUCUUCCUCGCUCCCAUCCCCCCCUUAACAGAAAAUAUUCCUUCUUUAGUACUUAAUUGUUUAUAUCUUGUCCUUCCAGAAUCUAUCUUCAAGCUUUCUUCAUUCCCAGAACCAAAUAAAAAAGAAAAGAAAGAAAAAACAUUAAAAAGCCCAGUUCGGAGAGUACGAGGAAUGGGUUUAAGAGACAUCGGAGCCACGUUGCCGCCGGGGUUUAGGUUUUAUCCCUCCGACGAGGAAUUGGUCUGCCAUUACCUGUACAAGAAAAUCGCUAAUGAAGAAGUUCUGAAGGGCACUUUGGUGGAAAUCGACCUUCAUACUUGUGAGCCAUGGCAGCUCCCUGAGGUGGCGAAGCUGAACUCGAGCGAGUGGUAUUUCUUCAGUUUCCGGGACCGGAAAUACGCGACGGGGUUCAGGACGAACAGGGCGACGACGUCGGGGUACUGGAAAGCGACGGGGAAAGAUCGGACGGUGAUGGAUCCUCGGAGCCAGGCGAUCGUGGGGAUGAGGAAAACGCUGGUUUUCUACAGGAACAGAGCGCCUAACGGCGUUAAAACGGGGUGGAUCAUGCAUGAAUUUCGUCUCGAAAACCCUCAUAUCCCUCCCAAGGAAGAUUGGGUUCUAUGUAGAGUGUUUCACAAGUCCAAGGGCGAAACCAGCGAGAACAACAACCUUAACACCUGCAUGUACGACAAUAGCAUCGUCAUACCGGCUGCCACAUCCCCGCCUAGUCUCGCCGCGUCUCCUCCUAACAUGGACGCCGCUUCCUUUCCCUAUCGUCCCAUCGCGGCGGCGGCCUGUCAGAACCAAAGCGCCACCACUCCUGCGGCGGCGAAUUUCUUCAACGUGUCCUUAUCCGUGCCGGAGCACCACCACAACGGCUUUCUCCGGUCGUCGCACGAAAUGCCGCAUUCCAAUAAGUGCGAGACCGACCAGUACGGCUUCCUGUUCGACAUGAACUUCGAAGAACCGAAUUUCCACGACGGCGGCGUCCAUUCCAGCCUCGACGACAUGCGAUUCGACGACGAAAACGGCAUCGUUUUCAUUUGAUCUUAUCAAUACAGCUUAUACAUACAGACGAGCAUAUAUGGAUUUGUGUUUAUAUUGAUAUAUGGUAUAUGUGUAUAUGUAGAUGGACUUCAUUUCUUGAAUGGUAUAUGCAUGUUGUAAUGUUUGGCUGUGAGAUAAGGAUGUUGUUUGAUUGGAUAUUAUGAUUCUUAAUUUACUAGCUAGGGCUAGCUAGGUUUAUUCA